AUGGCGAUGCCAAUUGCCAAUGUUACUUCAGCUGGUGGAACCUUUGAAAUGGGGCUCUUCAGUCCAGGUAAUUCUAAGCUUCGUUAUGUUGGUAUUUGGUACAAGAAUAUAUCUGUUAGGACAGUGGUGUGGGUUGCCAACAGGGAAGCUCCUUUGACCAGUGGAUCAGGUAUCCUUAAGGUCAUUGAGCCAGGUCUUCUUGUCCUUCUUAAUGGCACUGACAAAGUUGUAUGGUCAACUAAUACCUCUAGAUCUGUGCAGAAUCCCAUUGCACAGUUGUUGGAUUCUGGAAAUCUUAUUGUGAAAGAAGCUGGUGAUAAUAACCCCAGUAAUUUCCUCUGGCAGAGUUUUGAUCACCCGACUGAUACACUAUUACCAGGCAUGAAGCUUGGUUGGAAUUUUGUAACUGGUCGAGAGGUGUACUUGUCAUCGUGGAAGAACGAGGAGGAUCCAGCUCCUGGCGAUUUUACCUAUCACUGUGAUCCUUCUGGUUAUCCACAGAACGUGAUCCUGAAAAAGGGCACAGAUGUUGUAUAUCGCUCUGAACCAUGGAAUGGUCGCCGUUUUAGUGGGGCACCAAACUCUAGAGAAGGUACUUUCUAUACAUUUGGAGUAUUUUCUAGCAAGAUAGAGGUGUAUUUUACAUAUAAGCUCCUAUAUUCAGUUAUCGCGAGAUUGAUAAUAAGUCAGAAUGGUGUCAUACAGUUUUGGACUUGGGGUGACCGACAACAGGGCUGGGUCCCUUUUGUCUUAAUGCCCUCAGAAAACUGUGAUGAUUACAAGUUGUGUGGUGCAUAUGGUAGCUGCAACAGUCAAGAUUCUCCUGUAUGUGGUUGCUUAGACAAAUUUGUGCCAAAAGAUACUGAAGAUUGGCGGAAGACAGACUGGUCAGGUGGCUGCGUCCGGAGAACUGCACUAAACUGCCUCCAAGGAGACGUAUUUUUGAAGUAUUCACAUAUCAAAUUGCCAGACACACGGAACUCCUGGUGCAAUGUGACUAUGACACUAGAAGAAUGCAAGAAUAUCUGCUCUAAAAAUUGCUCUUGUAUGGCUUACUCAAAUCUUGACAUACGAAAUGGAGGAAGUGGAUGCUUAUUGUGGUUCGAGAAUCUGCUUGACAUUCGGCAGGUACCCAAUGAAGAGCAAGAUAUAUACAUCAGAAUGGCUGGUUCUGAAUCAGGUAGGUUUAUUGCUGAGUCCGAGUUGCCAGUGAUUUCUGAUUUAUUAUACCUGAAGAUGAAAAAAGAACUUAUGGUUGCAGGUAGUGUACAGCAAUCGGAUGGAAAGGAAGGAAAUGUACUUUUCUGGAUUCUUCCAUUAUCUGUUGGUGUGACUCUGGUAAUCCUUAGCCUGCUGGUCUGCUACAGAAGAAGGAAGAACGCUUUACAACUCAAAAAGAAAGGAAGAUGGGGAUGCAGUGGCAGCUAUAAGAUAGAUUACAACAGGAGUAAUUGUGCUGAAGAAUUUGAGAUACCACUGUUUGACUUAUCUAUGAUAGCCAAGGCUACUAAUAACUUUUCAAUGGACAAAAAGAUUGGAGAGUGCGGUUUUGGACCUGUUUAUAAGGGCACACUUGAAGGACAGGAAAUAGCUGUCAAACGGCUGUCUAGAACUUCAACACAAGGAGAAACCGAGUUCAAGAAUGAAGUUUUAUAUAUCGCAAAACUUCAACAUAGGAAUCUGGUGAAGAUUCUUGGCUGCUGCAUUGAAGGGGAAGAAAAAAUGUUGAUCUAUGAGUACUUGCCAAACGGGAGUCUUGAUUCAUUUAUAUUUGGUACAACUUCUCCAUCCAAUAUUGUGCAUAUUGAUUAA